GAGCCGAGAGACAGUCCGACGCUCAGCGGACAGAAACACGGAGCCACCGUCUGACACUACCCGGCGAGGUGAGCACGGUGUCCGGUCAGAACAGGCGAGAGGGGACGGGUAAUAAACAUUUUUUAGCCGAGGUACGACAGCAAGGAUUAAAAUUGCAGCCUGGACCAAAACGUCUUGCCGACAUUUAUGAAGCUUUUAAGGCCUUUUGAUUGAUCGGCCAAUCGAUGGGGAUUUUCAGAGGAGCUCCGACUGCCUUCGCUGCCUGUCCUCCUCCUCCCCCCUCCCCCCGCAGCCUCUUCCUAGCCCCCACCAACUCCGUCAUCCAGACUUCCAUUCAGCCCUCAAUAAACAAAAUGACUCUAGACCUUACUGAAUGGUCUUCUAUAUGGAUUUUUACAUCUAGUAAUAGACAAUAAGAAAAAGAGGGAGAAACCUCAAUGACAAAAAAGCCAUAAACACACACACACACACACACACACACACACACACACACACACACACACACAUUAAUAUACACACUCACACAUACACACACACAAACACACCUGACAAACACAGACAAAAUUCAAACGCCCACUCUUGGAAUGUACCGCACACUCUUCCUGUGAAAAUUCAAUUGCUUCCUUUUUAUUUUUCUGGAUUCUUUUUUUUGUUACAAGUUUUGGAAAGCUGAUUUUGUUUUAUUUUUCCACUCUGGGACAAUACAAGCAGCUGAGAGGAGGAUAACCACGUGUUGAAUUAGAAGCUGCAGGAUUUUGGGAGGACAACUUGUUAAGAGGACAACUGAUUGCUGGAAAAAAGUUCUGUUUAUUUUACAUUAUCUUCCCAGAUCUAUCAGUUUUUUCCUUUAUUUACAUCGUGUCCAAAGCCUUUUUUAGUUUUGGUUCGACCCAAGAUUUACAUUUUAUUACCUUGCAUACUAGGACACUAUCUGUUACAGGUUUUUUUUAAAUUCCAGUGUUAAAGCACUCCUCAUGUUUUGAUCUCCCUUAAAUGGGUAUUCAUUGUUUAAACCAGUAAUAGUUUGCAUGUGACUAUAAAGUUACUAGCACAUGCUGCAAUUUGUAGCUUGUAAAGAUUGUAAUUAAGUCACCACUAGCUUUAAAGUAACAACAAGUGACUUGAAAUUCAUAGUUUGAGGAAACAGUAUUGUUUUUUUGGUAGCUACAGGUAAUUGUUCUCAGAUUUGUCAACGUUAGAGUGGGUGCACGUCUUCCCUUGUUGCGUGCAUGCCCUCCACCAUGCCUCCCCAGAACACAGAGGCUGACGCUAUGCAGGUCGGAUCUCUGGUGGGCGGUGGGAAUGCCAAAAACUCAGAGGCAUCAGGUGUGGACGAAGAGAAAGGAGGAACAGGAGGCGAGACGGAUGGAUUGGGAGGUCGAGGAGGGGAGGAGUCAGCGAGCGAGCGAUCAGUCGAACGCAUACCCUUAAAGCGAUGGGUGAUGCAUGGUGCUGUAAUGUUUGGCCGGGAGUUCUGCUACGCUAUGGAGACAGCACUGGUGACACCAGUCCUGCUGCAAAUAGGUCUUCCAGAGCAGUACUACAGUCUGACAUGGUUCCUCAGUCCGGUCCUCGGCCUCAUGUUCACGCCGCUGAUCGGCUCUGCCAGCGACCGCUGCACUCUGCGAUGGGGCCGCAGGAGACCCUUCAUCCUGGCCCUCUGCAUCGGGACACUGUUAGGAGUGGCACUCUUUCUGAAUGGAUCGCUGAUAGGUUUGUCGAUGGGUGACGAGCAGGGGAGACAACCAAUAGGAAUUGUUCUUACAGUGCUGGGGGUGGUGGUGUUGGACUUUAGUGCGGACGCAUCAGAGGGACCAAUCAGAGCGUACCUGCUAGACGUGGCGGACUCCGACGAACAAGACAUGGCGCUCAACAUCCAUGCUGCCUCAGCGGGUCUUGGUGGUGCGGUCGGCUACGCCCUCGGUGGUUUAGACUGGACGCACACUUUCCUUGGUGCAGCCUUCAAGUCUCAGGAGCAGAUCCUGUUCUUCUUCGCUGCCAUCCUCUUCUUCAUCUCUGUGGUAUUACAUCUCUUCAGCAUUGAUGAGCAGCAGUACUCGCCCCAACAUGACAGGAUUGACCAGGAGAGUCCAGAUCGCACCAAACCGCUACCUUUGACCAAUGGCAGGAAUGGACUUCUCACCCCCAAGCUGGAAUUGAUUGGAGAAAAUGAAACGAUCGAUAGCUACGACCUCAAUGACCCCUACGGAGACAACCUAUCAGAGCAUGGAGAUAUGGACAUGGACUUUCUAGAGAUGGAGCUUGUACGAAGUAAAAGUGACAGUGUCCUCGCCAUGGCCGACGCCACUCUGGACCACAUGGACUAUGAUGCGUUGUUCCUGUGCCACUUAGAGCCAUCCAUCUUCGCCGACCGCCUCUCACCCCACCACGGCUCGCCUCCUACCGCUGGUAACUUCUUCAACUACAAUCGCCGCACUCCAACCCCCCAGCUCGGCCACAUCAGACGCAGCAGCAGCGCAGGAAGUCAGGAUCUUCUCCAAACCAACAAACACCAAACACACACCAACACCCCGAGGAUUUCCCGCCUCUCAGCUUUCUUGCAGGAAAUGGAAAAUGACGAUGGUCAGGAGGCAUUGCUCAACAACCAGCUCAACGAGCAGCGGAUACUGAACGGGCGGCUGUUAGCCAGUGUGAAUAAUCCUGAUAGAACUAGCAACAACGAGCUGAGCUCUAAAGGACAGGCACAUCGCGCUGGAAUGGUCAAAGCUGCCAGUACUGGAGCCCCCAUGCGGCAGUCACGUCACCGUCACAUCUUCUACCGACAACCGUCCUGCACCUUCUCCUACUACGGUCGAGUGGGGAGCCAACGCUACCGCCGGGCCAAUGCCGCUUAUCUCAUCAAGCCAUCCCGCAGCAUGAACGACCUGUGCGAGGUGGAGGCCAGACACAGGAGGAGGCACAGACAGAAAAGGAGGCACCGCAGCGCAAACACCAACUCCUCCAGCGGGGACACCGAGAGCGAAGAGGGAGAGGUUGAGACCACCGUGCGGCUGCUGUGGAUGUCCAUGCUGAAGAUGCCUCCGGAGCUGCUGCGUCUGUGCGUCUGUCACCUUCUCACCUGGUUCUCCAUUAUCGCUGAGGCUGUUUUCUUCACUGACUUCAUGGGUCAAGUCAUCUACCAUGGAGAUCCUACCGCUCCUGUAAAUUCUACUCUGUUGGAGGACUAUAACAAAGGAGUUCAGAUGGGAUGCUGGGGCCUGGUUAUUUAUGCCAUGACUGCUGCUACAUGUUCAGCUAUCCUUCAGAAGUACCUUGACAACUUUGACCUGAGUAUUAAAGUAAUCUACAUCAUGGGAACGCUUGCAUUUUCCAUAGGAACUGCUGUCAUGUCAAUCUUCCCUAAUGUGUAUGUUUCGAUGGUGAUGAUAAGCACCAUGGGUAUCAUCUCCAUGAGUAUCUCCUACUGUCCAUAUGCUCUGCUGGGACAGUAUCACGAAAUAAAAGAGUACAUCAGGCACAGUCCUGGUAACUCCCGGAGAGGCUUUGGCAUCGACUGUGCUAUCUUAUCCUGCCAGGUGUACAUUAGUCAGAUCCUGGUGGCCUCAGCUCUGGGGGCUGUCGUCGAGGCUGUUGGCAGCGUCCGUGUGAUUCCCAUGGUGGCCUCUGGGGGCUCCCUCCUCGGUUUCUUCACCGCCCUCUUCCUAGUCAUUUACCCAGCUCCUAACCAAGGGAAUAGGGAUUCAGCCAAAGCUUCGAAACGGUUCUUGACAAAGCUGGAAAAUCCCAACAGUGACGAAAUGGCUGUUACCGUUGUGACAGAGAAACCCAGCUUCCUAAAACUCAACAAGAAGGGCAAGGCCACCACCACCACCACUUCCUCUCACACGGAGAAUGAGUCUGCUCUGUGAUGGGUGGGCUCAAUUCGACAUUGCUGCUAAACCAACUAAAUUCACUUUACAAAUAAUCAAGGACGGCGGCUCGUGUGAAUUUGUUCCACUCUUGUUUUUUUCAGCUUUGACUGGCUUUUUUUUCAAUUCGGUGUUUGUUGAUUUGCUGAAAAAAAACUAAAUCUAUAGGGACCAGUGUCGCACCAGACCAGCUCUCCCAACAAAACAAAAACAUUUGAUCCCAGUGCUGUUUCAGCCAACACAGAAAUUAGUUCCACUCAGCCCAUAUUGACAUUUGAGUGAUCCUUUAGGGUCAUCAAGAAAUGACUUUCAUGCUUUUAAGGAGAGGUUGUCUCUGUUUCUCAGGGCCUCUAGGAGGUGCUACUGAGCAGCUGCCUGGACAGGAAACUUCAGGGGAUUCGCACGCAUACAUACACGCACAUACACCUCUUUAUCUGGGGUCAACCCAAUCGAAUGAAAACGUGAAGGAUGAACGCUGGAGAUGAACAUUACUCCUCGAAGCAUCAAUCAUUCGAAAAUGCUGAAAUUGUUCUUCCUUGCUGUCGAAUCUGCUUGAUCAAAUCUUUGCUAAGAUGAUGCUGACGAGAUCGACUGCUGUGUCUGCUGACGUAUUCACCAAAUUCAAUAACACACUCUACAGCACUCUGCGACAGUAGCUUUAAGAAGUGGCAUUUCUGAAACUGAGAGCCAGAAGCCUGGUUCUUGGGGAACAUUUUGAUCUGGAUUAGGCUACACUCCAGGGCAAAGUUGCCACUGUAUUGAAGGUCAAAUUCCACGAAAGAAAGAGUGCAAAUGCAAUACGCGCAGUAUACAGGGCAUUACAAUCCCAAAUAUUAUUUCCUGGUUUAUGGAGGGCCCAGAAUGCUGCUUCUGUUUUGUUUUCUUUGAAUAAUUUACACUAUCCUACAUGCUGCAUGUUAGAAAAGCAGAGAAGAAGACAGGUGUUGGGUUGUCCUCUCUCUUUCUUUCUCUACCUUCUUGCGUAUUGUUUUAGAAAAUAAAGUUGGCACAAUGUUUGUCACUAACUGCACAUUAGCUGAGCCAUUGUUUUGAAGAGUGUUAAACAGCACUUAGAAAAGCCUUGAUUUGAAAUCCUCUUGGUGUGUUGGAUUCAGUUGUUUGGGGACAUGGUUGUUGUCUGAAAUGGGAUGAAAGAAUUUUGGAAUGGAUCCUGGAUAUACUGAAAGAAAAUAACAUAAAAUGUAAGAAAAACAAAAUAAAUACCCUAGGGUUGAGAUGCCACCUGGGCGCCUCCCUAGGGAGUUGUUCCAGGCACGUCCAGCUGGGAAGAGACCGAGGGGUAGACCUAGGACCAGGUGGAGGGAUUAUAUCUCUUCGCUGGCCUGGGAGCGCCUUGGAAUCCCCCAGUCAGAGCUGGUUGAUGUGGCCAGGGAAAGGAAAGUUUGGGGCUCUCUGCUGGAGCUGUUACCUCCGCGACCCUGACAGAAAAGCGGGAGAAGAUGGAUGGAUGGAUGGAUGGGUUGAGAUUUAGUAGCCUAUAUUAACAGGUUUCGGCUUGUUAAGUGAUCCUCGGUGGAGGACUUACAGUACGCCUUACUCCUGGUUUAUUUGUCUUAGUUCCAUUGUACAAGGUCAAAUAAAGUAUAUAUAGUAUUUUUGAUGCUUAUUACAUUUGUGCUUUAUGCUUAUUGCAUAUUGAAAAGAGGAAAUUGGAAUGAAAUUAGGAAGUGUUCACUUAAAAUAUAUAAAAAUAUAGAGUAUACAUAUAUGAGAGUAUAUAUAUUGAUCGUAUAUGUCCCACAAUGCCAAACUGCUCUUUUAGAUCUUUGAACCUAAGAGACAUUUGAAUUGUUGCAAAUUUGGAAAUAAAAAUACAAACUUAGGCAAUCAUUUUUUCAGAAUAAAACUACAACUUUACCGAUACAAGUUUGUCUCCUGAAAAAACAUCAAAUAACCAGAAUACUUUACCAAAUUACCAAAAAGAAAAAAUCCAGUUUACCCCAUGACCAGAAUAUAACAUUUUCUUGAACCAAACGUCUUCAAUUGGUUUCUUAAAGUGUCGUAGGAGAGUGUUGAUAGUAGGUGACACUAAAACUGUUUAGUUUAACUUCAACGCUGUUAACAUUUAUACACAGUGAUGAGACUAAUAGGCUUAUCAUCAGAAAUAAAGUUGUAUAAAUUAAAACUAAAAUUGUAUUAAUACUGAAUGAUAACGAGUGUUGGCCAAUAAUGUUAUAUAAUCCUGGAAUGUUUUAAUAGGCUGUAAUAGAGGACUUUAAAGAAGUUUUUGUAAAAAAGACUUAAUGUGAGAUUUAAGAUUUGAUUGUGUCUUCUUGUUUUCUGACAAAUCAGAUUUUUUGUUGUAAUAACAGCCUCUGUUAAUCAGCUGUGGAGAGCAGUGUGUGUGAGGCUGGUGCAGGCAGAGAAGGGUUGUUUAUGGUGGUACAAUCUGGGAGUUUUUACCCUUCAUGUCAGGUUCAAAUGCUAAGGUUUGGGUCAGUUUCCUUUCAGUUCUAUCAGCGGAAACACGCAAAUUGAAAUGUUAAUGCAGUGAGUUCAUUUUUUGAUGGAAGGAACAUUUAUUUUUGGGUUAUUAUAGCGUUUAACAGAAAAUUCUUAUUUUUAACUUGAGUUGUAGAAGAGGAUUCACUCAUUUAUAAUGUUAUUUUUUCACUUGAAUGGAUGUUGGUGCAGAGUUUUAACAGAAUAGAUUCCUUCCAUAAUUUCAGGUACAUUCAGUCAGUCCCAUAGUGGAGCAGAGAGAUGACCACCUCUUUGGUGCUGGGAUGAAAAAAAAUGCAGGGAUAACAAAAGACGAGGAGGAGGUACAGAAGCAUUUUGGCUUCUGUAACAAAUAGGGCAAUAACAUAUUCUGAUAAAAUAAUGGACAAACAAUUCCGUUUAAUGACAAACAUGAAUAUUAAAAAAUAAAUUGGGUUUAGGAGGUUUGCAUGUGAUAACAGCAAUAUGCAUGUGUAGAACACCAAAGUAUGACUCUGUAAAAAUCACUCAAGCUCUUGUCUUUAUUGUCCUAAUAGGUCAGGGAUGUAUUUUCUAAUGCAUGGCUGGGUGUUUGUGUCUUUUAGUUUGAAAAUAAAACGUGUAAAGAAAAACCAACAUGUACUCUUUAAGCUGAAGAAUUGUGCUCGGUCUGGGUCAGCACACCCUCAACAAGCAUGAGACUUUCUAACAUUUUUGCACAUUUUAUGGGUGAAGUUUCAGGCGUCACGUGUCGUCAGGAGCAACCCUCCUUGUUAGAAGUGUAGGUGAGAAACUCCAGGCCUCAAAUACUUGAAGUGCAACCUGAGUGUCUCUUUUCCAAUGCAUUGGGAAGUCUUUGAUUUUAUUUCUUUGGUUCUUAUUAUCCCAAGCCUUUUAUUUACCGCAGACUCUGGAAUGUUCAGACAGCAUCAUGGCCUGCUGGGAGAUUGAGUUCCUACCUUUUGGUUCCAUCUUGUGACUUAAAUGUAAAAAAAAGUCAAUGAAUGUCAAGUGAUUUCAGCUGAAAUAAUUUUUGUUUUGAUGUUUGACAAGCCUGACAUUGCACAGAACUUGCACAUAAUAGGUUUUAAAAAAACAAAACAAAAAAACAGAAGUGUUUUGCAAAAGGAAGAAAACCAAUAACUGUUGAUAUUUAUUUUUGGGAUUUUAGUUUCCAAAAGACUAAAUUGUUCUAUAUACUGUUACAGAUGUGUGCGUGGGUGUGUGUGUGUGAGAGAAAGAUUAGUCGUCUCAUAGUUGUUCACAUGUAAAGCUAGAGUGUGUUAAAACGUCAUCUCAGUGUUUUGUUUUGAGUUCUUCUUCUCAGUACUUUGCAAUUGGCUGCAACACUGAAAGGUUAUUUACGAGUCUUUACCAUCUCUGUUCUGGUGUUUUAAUUCAAUUAGAAAAUGUCUUUUUUUUGUUGUUGUUAGAAUUUGACGGCAGAGCCACACAUGAGAGUUUGGCCUUUGCACUUUUUUCAGUGGCAGCCAUGUUGGCUCCACCGUCCGGAUCACUGAAUGAAUGUGGAGACGCUGUUUCUUGUUCCCAGCUGUCAGUGGCAGCAGCGUGGCAGCCGUACAGUUAGUCCAACCUGGCCAGACUCUGUGUGUGUGUGUGUGUGUGUGUGUGUGUGUGUGUGUGUGUGUGUGUGUGUGUGUGUGUGUGUGUGUGUGUGUGUGUGUGUGUGUGUGGUUUCUGCCUUCAGUGAACUGUGUUAAUGACAAAGGAGAUAGAUGCCUAUAUACGUUGAUCCUCACAGAGGUUAAAUCAAGAAGAAUACUUAAAGAAUGGGAAAGUAUGCGCAGUGUACUAUAUAAUAUGCCUUGUUAUUUUAAGAAAAGAUGUAAAUAUACAUAUUUCUCUUUUAGUUUCUUCUUUUUUUGCUGCUAUAAAAAGAUGAUUAUUUUUGUUAGUAGUUUUGUUUUCUAUAUAAAUACUGUAUAUAUCUCUAUGUUCUGUAAAUAUGCUUGAGCCUUCAUAAGUAGGACUCUGGAUGAACACUGUAUGGAACGCACCUUUAAAAUCUGUUCUGAAUUAAACCAACAA